AUGACUGGUUUUUGGAUUAUAACUUUGAUCUUCAACACCAUGUAUACAGUCCAACCUGGUAGACGCUGGGUUACUGCACAAUCCCUCACCGAGUCACCAGUUUAUCAGCCCGAUAAAGAGCUCAGUGUGAAUAUCGGAGACUCGGCUACUCUGCGGUGUUGUAUUUCUGAAAAGGAAUUUGGGAUGAUGGCCUGGUUUAAGCAAACAAACAGAGAAAAACCUCAACAUAUCAUCAAGUUCUUUAAGAUGUCUGAAGAAAUCUCUUAUAGUGGAAUUCACAAGUCUCGUCUUCAAAUAAAAAGAUCUUCAAACUGCUUCAAUAUGACCAUUUUAGACAUCAUUCAGUCUGAUGAAGCCAUGUACUACUGUGCACUAUUGAUGACUCACAACCCUGUGUUUGGAGAUGGAACUUAUUUAAAAGUUAAAGGUGAUCAUGUUACUAUUUCAUCAGAAACAUCUAAACCAGCUCUGUGUGAUAAUUCAGUGGUGUGUGAACCAACACUGCAUGGAAACAGCACUAACAUGAACACUCACGAGAAAACAGUGCUCGGUUUGGGAACGGCUUUGGGUUUGUGCGCACUUCUGAUUUUCGGUCUCAUUUAUUUCACACUGAGGAGAAGAAAAUUGAACACUUCUAUAGAAGAUUCUCCAGGAAUGAGGAAGGAAUCUGAAGCUGAAACAUUGCAUUAUUCAGCUUUGCAGUUCUCGAAGAGGAAAGCCAAAGACGAAAAAAAGAAAACUGGGUCAUUCGACGAGUGUGUAUACUCUGAUGUGAAGAAAACUGUAAGAUGUAACAUAAAUGAUUGAUGGUACACAUGGUGCGAUUAUGUUGCAAAAACAGUGAAAAUAUUUCAGCAAGUAAAAAUAUCUUGACUAUAGGAAAAUGUAUUUCUAAUUUAUCAUUACAGAAUUGUGAUAUAAUAACAAAAUAACUUUUACAGUUUAUUACCAGUUUUACAAAUGGUUGUUAAUUUCAAGCUUGAACUCAUCCUAUGUUGCUGACAGAUAAACUUAUUUCAACAAGAAAAUAAUAAAAAAAACACACGGAAAAGCCUAGAAAUAUAUUUGU